AUGCCUGCUAUUAGGCCUGGCUCAAGAGUUCAGUGCCGUCCACCACUAUGCAGCAACAAGACCACCACUAUGCAGCAACAAGAGGCAAGUGGAGUCAGUUGUGAGGCGUCUUCCUCUGUGGCCACAACAUCAGCACCUGAUGCAGCAUCGCCAGCGACAACUGUUCCUGAUGAAACGGUUCAACGGAUCGUCUCUGCCAUCUCCAAAGCUGUGCUAGCGUUACUCAAAGAAGCCUGUGCCACCACUCUUCUGCCGCCAUCUUUAGCUGUGGAAACAAGGGAAUUGCUACUAUGCAGGGGCCGGUAG